GCCCACAGCGCCAGCUAUCCCGGCGGGCCGCGCGCGCGGCCGCGUUUGAAUGGCCCUGAGUGGGACUCGGCCCAGAAGCCGAGGGACUCUCUAGGCUGCCGGGCGCUGGUCGUCAGCGCCGAGGCUGGGCUGAGGCGCCGCGGUACCAUGAGGCGCCGGUACUUAAGAGAUUAUGGCAUCGGAAACCCACAAUGUUAAAAAACGGAACUUUUGUAAUAAGAUUGAGGAUCAUUUCAUUGAUCUUCCUAGAAAAAAGAUCUCUAAUUUCACUAAUAAGAACAUGAAGGAGGUUAAGAAAUCUCCAAAACAGUUGGCUGCUUACAUAAAUAGAACAGUUGGACAAACUGUGAAAAGCCCAGAUAAACUUCGUAAAGUGAUCUAUCGCAGAAAGAAAGUUCAUCAUCCCUUUCCAAAUCCUUGUUACAGAAAAAAACAGUCCCCUGGAAGUGGGGGCUGUGACAUGGCAAAUAAAGAAAAUGAACUGGCUUGUGCAGGCCACCUGCCUGAAAAAUUACACCAUGAUAGUCGAACAUAUUUGGUUAACUCCAGUGAUUCUGGUUCUUCACAGACAGAAAGCCCAUCAUCAAAAUAUAGUGGGUUUUUUUCUGAGGUUUCUCAGGACCAUGAAACAAUGGCCCAAGUUUUGUUCAGCAGGAAUAUGAGAUUGAAUGUAGCUUUAACUUUCUGGAGAAAGAGAAGUAUAAGUGAACUUGUAGCUUAUUUGUUGAGGAUAGAAGAUCUUGGCGUUGUGGUAGAUUGCCUUCCUGUGCUCACCAAUUGUUUACAGGAAGAAAAACAAUAUAUCUCACUUGGCUGCUGUGUUGACUUGUUGCCUCUAGUAAAGUCACUACUUAAAAGCAAAUUUGAAGAAUAUGUUAUAGUUGGUUUAAACUGGCUUCAAGCAGUCAUUAAAAGGUGGUGGUCAGAACUGUCAUCCAAAACAGAAAUUAUAAAUGAUGGAAAUAUUCAAAUUUUAAAACAACAAUUAAGUGGAUUAUGGGAACAGGAAAGCCAUCUUACUUUGGUUCCAGGAUAUACUGGUAAUAUAGCUAAGAAAUUGAAAGAAGAGGGCGGGGCAAGGUAGCUCAUGCCUGUAAUCCCAGUACUUUGGGAGGCCAAGGUGGGCAGAUCACGAGCUCAGGAGAUCGAGACCAUCCCGGCCAACAUGGUGAAACCCCAUCUCUACUAAAAUACAAAAAAUUAGCCGGGCGUGGUGGUGCGCACCUGUAGUCCCAGCUACUUGGGAGGCUGAGGCUGGAGAAUCACUUGAACCCUGGAGGUGGAGGUUGCAGAGAGCCAAGAUCACACCACUGCACUUCAGCCUGGUGACAGAGCAAGACUCUGUCUCAAAAAAAAGAGAAAGAAAUUGAAAGAGGCUAUUGUCAAGCUGGGCUCAAGUGAAUAUAGCACUGAUAGUAAACAGCACCGAUAGAAUUUCUGUGAAUGUUAGCUAUGAAAGCAGAGUUGUUUGAGCAUAGGAACCAACACAUUCAUUUAGCACUUAGCAAAUAUGUAUUGAGCACAUACUAUGUGCCAGGCCCUGUGCUGAACAAAUGCAGAUAAAAGCACUGAACAAGGCACGUCUUUUACCCUCAAAAGGUCACAAAAGGAAACUAAGGCAAAUUAAGCAACAACAACAAAAAAAUGGAUUAUGUUUGUAUUUACUGUACUGUCUAAUGAAAUGUUUUUGUUUUAUCUUCUAAGGAUGUAGAUGCUUAUUUAUUACAGUUACAUUGAGAGAUUUCAUCUACUAAAGAGCAUUUGGUUUUUCAAAACAUCCCUGAACUGUAUAAUUUACAAAAAAAAAGUCUCGUCUGAGAACUGUGAACUGUGGAAGAAAUCAAAACUAUUUUUUCUUUUAAAAAGCCACAUAAUGAAACCACUAAUGAAAUCCCAGCAAUCUGCUUCACAUUGAAGUGGAAAAAUAUCCAAAAGGAGCAGCUUCAAUUUCAUUGAGGUGAAAGUGCACUAUGAAGAUUGUUCACCUUUGCUGCAUUUGGGAGUUAUAUGGUUAUUUGGUAACAUUAAGAACUACUGGAUUUUAAUGCAAUCCUGCAUAAAAAUAUAAUUUAUACUAUGUGAAAAAAUAAGACAGGACUUACCACUAGGAACCACCAAGACCAAUCAUCAUUAACUUUUUUAAGAUUGUGUUUUAUUAAAAAAAAAAACACUUAAAUGUUUGCAGCUAUUUUCUUAUGUUGAAAAGACUGAAAGUUUAAAACAUGAAAAAUAUCAAUAUUAAACAUUUUUUGUUCACACUGAGAUACUGCGUAUGUAAAAUGCCUUAAUUAUUAAUAAGCCAAUGUGUUGUGAUACCAAUAUCUGUUUUAAAAAACUAAAACCAACCAUGCUUCUGGCAUGAUAAAAUCAUGGAAUUAAAUCAGGGGUUUACAUUCUUGUAGAAUGUUCUUGAAACACUCUCUGCACCAUUUUUAAAACUUGAGAAUAGUUUUAGUAUCUCUGAUAUUUUUUGCCAGAAUCAUCAUGUCAUGUAUGAAUGUGUUAUCCCUAUCUAAGGAAAAAGGUGAAUAUGUUUUUGUAUGAAUGUUUAACUGGAAAUGUCCAUGGACUUGGCUAAUUUAUAUUUACUUUUUAUUGUACAUAGAUUUCUAAUAUUUUUCAUUCCUGUAUCAUUUAAACUUCCUUCAUUUGAGUAAAUUCACUAAAUAUUUCUAUUUUUUGCUUUUUUAAAUUCUGAUUUUAUAUGAAUUCUAAUUCUUUUUCACUACAUAUGUUUGAAAGAGUUACAUACAGUGAUUUAGAAUGGUUUACAGUUAAUGCUGAUCUUGUAUUUUAAAUUCCAACACUUUGUGUCACUACCUCCUCUAAUGGUUAGUAUGAUAUGCUAGCAGACUGUAUGAGGUCUUUUUUUAAAAUACCACUUUUAGUGUCAGUGAACCAAAUUCUGGAAUGUCUUAACAGCUCUAAAUCUUACUUGUCUUGAAAAUGAUUGGGGUUUAAUGCCACUGCUGGUGGUUCACACAUCAUCCCAUCCUUAAUAUGCCUGACAGGCAUCUGAGCAAAGGUUUUUAGUAAUUGAAUUUCUCUGCAGUAGUCCUUCAAGCACUUGAAUGUAAACCUUUAGCAUUUAUUCGUUUAAUGACUACUGAUACGAAUCUCAAGCAGAUUUCUUGCUCUUAAAAGUUAUGUUUCACUGAGUUCUGGUUUUGUGUAGCUAUAUUUUAUAUAGCUAGAUAUUCCUCACAGUGAACAUGAAUUGUAAUAAUUGGUUAUUUCCUUAAGUCUUUAGAUUAUAAUAAUUUCAGAUUAUUGCACUUCUGUGAUUUGAGAGGUGAGUUAUUUAAGAGGCCAGUUUUCAGGACAUGGGAAUUUGAAUUGUAAACCUGUUAUCUCUGUGAAACUUUUAACAUGAUAAAAUAUAACCUUUCUUUGUGCUUA